AACACACACAGCGAUACAUACACCAACUUCUUCAUUGGUUCUGGUUUUCCAAUUCUUAUCAGUGAUUGGAAAUCUUUAUUGCUAUAUCUACUACUAGCUUUUCUGCUUAAGGUUUUGAAUAAUGGCGCCCAAAAAUGGACGAGGGAAGACCAAGGGAGAUAAGAAGAAGAAAGAAGAGAAGGUUCUUCCUGUUGUUGUGGAUAUAACCGUGAAUCUUCUUGAUGAUACCCAUGUUAUAUUAAAGCAGGGAAUAUCAACGGAUAGGAUCAUAGAUAUUCGUCGACUAUUAUCAGUGAACACGGAAACGUGCAACAUCACAAAUUUUUCGUUAUCUCAUGAGGUAAGAGGCCCGCGAUUGAAAGAUACGGUGGACGUCGCCGCACUGAAACCCUGCACGCUUGAUCUCAUAGAGGAGGACUAUGACACCGAAACCGCCACUGCACACGUCAGAAGGUUGUUGGACAUCGUCGCCUGCACGACGUCGUUUGGUCCGUCGCCGGUGAUCAAGGAGGAUUCCGGCAAGAUUCCGCCUGAAGUCAAGGCUGCAAAGAAGACGAGUAAAUCGAAGCAAAGCAAUAAGCGUUCCUCAACUCUGCGAACCUCGUCUCCGCCACCGGAACAACCACAAUCGAAAGAUAUUUCAGUGGAGGGUGAGGGAGAGUUGAGCAAUUCGUGUCCCAAGCUUGGAAGUUUUUACGAAUUCUUUUCUCUCUCUCAUCUCACUCCUCCCAUCCAGUAUGUAAGGAGGGCAACACGGCAACUAAAAGAGGACAUUUUAAUUGAUGAUUAUCUUUUCUCACUUGAAGUGAAGCUGUGCCAUGGAAAGCCUGUCCAUAUUGAAGUUUGUAAAAAAGGAUUCUGGAGCAUUGGGAAGCAGCAAAUUUUAUGUCACAACCUUGUUGAUUUGCUGCGGCGACUUAGUAGAGCAUUUGAUAAUGCUUAUGAAGAUCUCAUUAAAGCAUUCACUGAAAGGAACAAGUUUGGGAAUCUCCCGUAUGGCUUCAGAGCAAACACAUGGCUCAUACCUCCUGUUGCAGCACAAGUUCCUUCUGUUUUCCCACCUCUUCCUGCAGAGGAUGAGAGUUGGGGAGGAAAUGGGGGUGGUCUAGGAAGGGAUGGCAAAAGUGAUUUGCAUCCUUGGGCUAGUGAAUUCUUGUAUAUUGCGUCUAUGUCUUGCAAGACUGCAGAAGAUAGGCAGAUUCGAGACAGAAAAGCUUUCUUGUUGCAUAGCUUGUUCGUUGACGUUGCCAUUUUCAAAGCAAUUUUAGCCAUUCAACACAUAAUGGAAAAGCCACAUGUAAAUCCUUCUGAUUUAAGUGGUGAAACAAUACAUACAGAUAGUAUUGGGGACUUGAAAAUCACUGUUUUUAAGGACGCCCCUGAUGCUAGCUGCAAAGUAGAUACAAAGAUUGAUGGAUCCCAAGCAACUGGGGUGGACAAAGAAAGCUUGGUGGAGAGAAACCUAAUCAAAGGGAUCACUGCUGAUGAGAACACUGCUGCUCAUGAUAUUGCCACUCUAGGUGUUGUCAACGUAAGAUAUUGUGGUUAUACUGCUGUUGUGAAAGUUGAAGAAAGAGAGAACGACAAGAAACAUCCUCCAUUGCCAUACAUUGAGCUUCUCGAUCAGCCUGAUGGAGGAGCCUGUGCCCUCAAUAUCAACAGUUUGAGGUUGCUACUUCAUAAGAAAACUUCACUACAGAAUAACGUUCUCCCUUACUUAAGAAGAUCCGAUAGUGAAGAGCUCAGUACUUCCCGAUAUUUUGUUGAGAAACUAUUGAAGGAGAGUCUAACUAAGCUUCAGGAAGAGUGUGUCCAAGCUGACACCUUUACAAGAUGGGAACUUGGAGCUUGCUGGAUCCAACAUUUACAAGACCAAAAGAAAUCUGAAAAGGACAAGAAGGUUUCCACUGAUAAAGUGAAGAAUGAGCUGAAGGUUGAGGGGCUUGGGACACCUCUUCGAUCCCUCAAGAACAGGAAAAAGGAUUUAGAGGGGAGUAAUACAGAACCUCAGUCUCGGAGCUCAAAAGUUGCUGAUGCUGUCAACAGGGAAACGGAGAACUCUGUGUUAGACUUUGCAGAAUCUCAGCUUGAGGCCAAUGCAACUGAAAAUGAGCUUACUUUAAGAAAUUUAUUAUCUGAUGCUGCUUUUACUCGGCUUAAGGAGUCAGAAACCGGACUCCAUUGCAAGUCUUUGCUGGAGCUGAUCGACCAAUCUCAGAAAUAUUACAAUGAAGUUGCUCUUCCAAAAUUGGUUGCAGAUUUUGGUUCCUUGGAACUAUCACCGGUUGAUGGGCGAACUCUAACUGAUUUUAUGCACACACGAGGUCUCCGCAUGCGUUCUCUAGGACAAGUGGUUAAGCUUUCAGAAAAGUUGUCACACGUGCAAUCUCUCUGUAUACAUGAAAUGAUAGUACGAGCUUUUAAGCACAUUUUACAGGCAGUGAUUGCUGCUGUUUCUAAACCAGAGGAAAUGGCUGCUGCAAUUGCCGCUGCACUGAAUCUGAUGCUUGGGGUUCCUGAGAGUGAGAAAGCGAAGCAAUCUUCUGCUGUUGAUUAUCUGACAAGGACAUGGCUAGAAGUUUUCUUGAAGAAGCGAUAUGAUUGGGAUCUUGCCAGCUUUAACUACACAGAACUGAGAAAAAUUGCUAUACUACGUGGGUUAUGCCAUAAGGUUGGCGUUGAGCUGGUUCCAAGAGAUUUUGAUAUGAAUUCUCCCCACCCUUUCAGAAAAGAGGACAUCAUCAGCUUAGUUCCAGUGCAUAAGCAAGCAGCGUGCUCAUCUGCUGAUGGACGUCAACUUCUGGAAUCAUCGAAGACAGCUCUGGACAAGGGAAAGCUGGAAGAUGCUGUUAGCUAUGGGACAAAGGCUCUUGCAAAGCUAGUUGCAGUGUGUGGUCCCUAUCACCGGAUAACUGCAGGAGCUUACAGCCUACUUGCUGUAGUUUUAUACCACACGGGGGAUUUCAAUCAGGCCACAAUCUACCAACAAAAAGCUCUGGACAUCAAUGAGAGAGAACUGGGAUUGGAUCAUCCAGAUACCAUGAAAAGUUAUGGGGAUCUCGCUGUAUUCUACUAUCGGCUUCAACAUACAGAGUUGGCUCUCAAGUAUGUAAAACGAGCAUUAUACUUGCUACAUCUUACUUGUGGCCCAUCACAUCCAAAUACGGCUGCAACAUACAUCAAUGUAGCUAUGAUGGAGGAAGGUCUGGGAAACGUUCAUGUCGCCCUCAGAUAUCUGCAUAAAGCUCUCAAGUGCAACCAAAAGUUACUUGGCCCAGACCAUAUCCAGACUGCUGCAAGUUACCAUGCAAUAGCAAUUGCGCUCUCUUUAAUGGAAGCUUACCCUCUGAGCGUUCAGCAUGAACAAACGACCUUGCAGAUAUUACGUGCAAAGCUGGGUCCAGAUGAUCUACGCACACAGGAUGCUGCUGCUUGGCUUGAGUAUUUUGAAUCCAAGGCUGUUGAACAGCAAGAAGCUGCAAGAAAUGGGACUCGGAAACCCGAUGCAUCCAUAGCUAGCAAAGGCCAUCUUAGCGUAUCGGAUUUGCUUGACUAUAUUAAUCCAAGUCAUGAUGGUCAAGGGACAGAUGGUGUGGGUCUAAAAAGGAAAAGCUAUAUCCAGAAGUUGAAGGGGAAAUCUUACCAAAACUUGGAGGUGGCAAAUUCUGAUGAGGCAUCUCCAAAAGAUCUGAAAGAAAUUUUAGAUGAAGCGAAACAAGAGCCGGACGUCGAACAUGACAUUCAGGUGAAUGAAGAACCCACCGCUCCAUGUAUCGAGUCGAGUCCACCCAUCAAGGAAGACACUGCUGAAGAAAAGUCAGUUCUUUCCGAGCUGCUGCAAUCAGAGGAAACUGCUGCACAAAUCCCCGUUUUUGCCAAUGAUGUCUUUCCUGAAGCACAUGCUGAAGGAGAAGAAGGAUGGCAACCGGUUCAAAGACCAAGAUCAGCAGGCUUAUAUGGACGGCGACUUCGACAGAGGAAAGCGGCUAUCAACAAGGUUUACAGUUAUCAAAAGAAAGGUGUACUUCAGGAGUCUGAAGAUAAAUUGAAGAAUGACUUUCAAAACGGUAGGUAUCAUUUCAUAAAGAAACGAGUGAUAUCUCCUGCAAGUUAUGUUGAUUACCAUGCUGCAAAGGUUCCCUCUCCUAAUCAUAAAUUUGGACGGAGAAUCGUUAAGGCUUUGACAUAUAGAGUUAAGUCCACACCUUCAUCUGCCAAGGAUACAACGGAAGAAACGUCUAGAAAUGGUAGAGAGGAAUCAAAUCCUUCAAUCGAUGUUGCCUCAGUACAAAAGACAAAAGAAGCAGGACAUGUACCACAAAGAAGUUCUAUAGUUAGCAUCGGAAAAUCUCCUUCUUACAAGGAAGUAGCUCUGGCCCCACCAGGUACUAUCUCUCUGUUGCAGGUCCGGGAGUUUGAGUCACAAAGCGAUACUCCUGAAGACAAGGAAAUCGAUAAUGGUAAACAUGAGGAGCCUACCUUAGCGAAACAAAGUACAGAGUCUGCAGUGGCAGAAGUGGGAAAUCUCGAGGAAGAGAAAGUUCAGGACCUAUUUGGGGGUUCUGUAGACAAUAUGAAAGAUGAAACAGAAGGUCUUGAAAAGACAGAAGAAACCCAUUUGAGUGACUUGAUAGGAGAUAAACAUCUAGAGACCAUACCUGCAAACGUGGUGGAACAGAAUGCAACCAGCUUUGUGGAGGUUGAUAAGAUAAUAGACAAAAGUAUCAUUGACAUUCCAAUUCCAAUUCCAAUUGAGUCCUCCACUAUAGAGGAUCUAUCUGAGAAAGGUUCGUCUACUAAUGUUGAACCUACCGAUGAUUCAAGUUGCAUCUUGCAAAAAUCAGCUGUUUCAAACGAUUCACCAGCAGUUACUUCUCCUAAUUGUACUCAAGAACUCCCAAACAAGAGGUUGUCUGCAUCAGCUACUCCAUUCAGCCCAUCACCACCUGUUCGAGUUGCACCAAUGCCCAUGAACAUUGCUCUCCCUCCCGGUCCCACCCCAUGGCAAAUGAACAUGACUCUUCACCCAAGACCCGCCAAUGUCUUACCUGCAGUAAACCCAAUGUGCUCCUCUCCUCACCAGCCAUACCCUACAUCUCCAGCUACCCCAAAUAUGAUGCACCCAUUACCUCUUAUGUACUCUCCUCCAUAUACACAAGCUCCAUCGUUACCCAACAGUACGUUUCCUAUGACGAGCAGUCCGUUCCAUCCCAAUCAUUUUGCGUGGCAAUGCAAUAUGGGUGCUAAUGGGUUACAGUAUGUUACUGGGCCAGUUUGGUCCAACUGCCAUCCAAUGGAGUUCUCCAUCUCACCACCAGCAGUGAGGCCGAUUUCUGAUCCAAACAUGGAGGCAAAACAGGUGUUUGAUAGCUCUGAACAACUUAAUGGAACUCCUAAUCUAAUGGUUGAGGUUAGCAAUGAGGAUGAAAGUAAGCAAGACGCGAAUCUUCAAGCACCAAAAGUUAUUGAUGAGUCUAAUGGAAUCGUUGGGGUUCAAGCAGAGAAUGGUGGUUCUAUCUACAAUGGCAGUUCAAAUUGGAAUCUGGGAAGCACCGGAGAAAAUCAUGUGCAAAAACCAUCUCAAAAGGUUGAGACUGAGAAGACCUUCAAUAUUUUGAUCAGGGGCAGAAGAAACCGGAAGCAGACUUUGAGAAUGCCAAUUAGUUUGCUGAACAGACCAUAUAAUUCUCAGUCUUUCAAAGUUAUAUAUAGCAGAGUAAUCAGAGGAAGUGAAGGUCCAAAGUCUACCAGCUUUUCUUCUGACGGAAAUGGGGCAACAACUGGUACAUAAGGCUAUGCCUCAUGCUUUGCCUGUAUAGCAAAAUGCUUCAAAGAGUAGCACAGAAGUGUAGUUCCAUCAUUUUGCCCCUUGCACAGAAGAUCAUGGUGCCAUGGAUCGUGAAGUUUUUUAGGUAUGAAGUUACAUGAAUCUCCAAUCAUCACAAUGUCGCUUCAAGCAAAUUUACAGGUUCAAAACCAGACGGUAUGCACUCCACAUGGGAAUCCAGAGAUGUUGAAUAUUGGCAAUAACACAUUCCAUUCUUGAUUCAUAUGAAGGCUAAAUCGAGUUUUGCGUUUGUUCCUCUCCCUCGCUAGCUUCGACUUUGAUGAUUAAAUUGGAUUUAAUUGUAUAUGAUACCAUUUUUGUUCAAACUGAGUUUGAUUUAGACAGAACUGCAUACGAAGUUUCCUGGUGAACCAUGCGGUAAUGCUGCUGAUACUAAUAAUAGAAGCAAUAUUUAAUUCAUGCGUCGA